AUGGAUUUCGAAGCUCAGCCGUAUCAUCUAGCUUUCCGCGCUCAUCACCGUCACAUCGUCACCUGCUUGCUACUAGACUCAGAGAGGACCCUGACCGGAAGCGAUGACGCGAACGUCCAUCUAUACGAUUCCCAAACCGGCGUGCUACAACGAAAAUUCGAAGGACACGAGAGUGCCGUGUGGGCAAUACAACAACAGGGAGACAUACUGGUGUCCGGCUCGACAGAUCGAACCGUACGCGUUUGGAGUAUCUCCUCUGGUAAGUGCCUGCGUGUAUUCCAGGGUCACACAUUUACUGUUCGUCACCUCGCAAUCUUGCAGCCUGUGAAGAUCGGCACGGCUUCAGAUGGCUCGUCCAUCUUGGUGCCGAAACAGCCUUUGGUCAUCAGCGGCUCCCGAGACUCUACCAUGAGAGUCUGGAAGCUUCCCCGUCCUGAUGAUCGUCGGACCUGUCACAUCAGUCCUCCGGAUGACCAUGAGGCUGACGUCCACUCGCUCCGCAUCCUCGCUGGUCACCAUAAAGCAAUAUCCGCUAUGGCAGCUUACGGCGAUACUGUCGUCAGUGGCUCGUCCGUCCGGGUGUGGAAGGUCUCGACGGGUGAAAUGGUGCAUUGUCUCGCGGGACAUUUGCAAAAGAUCUUCAGUGUGGUUCUCGAUCACGUGAGCAGCAGAUGUAUGUCCGGGUCAAUGGACAAUUCGGUCAAGAUAUGGUCCAUCGAGACGGGAGACUGCUUGUUCAGCCUUGAUGGCCAUACGUCUUUGGUAGGUCUUCUGGAGCUCAGCCAAGGAGUUCUGGUCAGCGGCGCCGUCGACGGCACUCUCCGGACGUGGAACCCUGACGACGGAGUCUGCAGGUCGAUUCUGACAGAACAUGCUGAAGCGAUAACUUGCUUCCAGCACGAUCAGCAGAAAGUCGUGAGUGGCUCCGAUCGCGCUCUCAAGUUGUGGGAUACACGAACGGGGCAGUAUGUGCGCGACCUGCUGUCAGGAUUGAGCGGAGUAUGGCAAGUUCGAUAUGACGAGCGGAGAUGUGUUGCUGCGGUCCAAAGAGAUGGGCUCUCAUACGUUGAGGUGCUGGAUUUCGGCGCGGCUAGGGACGGUAUAUCGAAGAGCAUGCGAGGUCGCCGAAUCGUGGUCGACUCGCACGGACGCGAGGUAGAGACAGGCAAGGCAAAAGCAGAAACGUAA